GAAUAAAUUCGGCGCGUUGGCCUAACACUGGCACAUUAUGAGGAGAAGAUGAAUUUCUGCUCAAUAACAUUUCUAGCUGUACUCUCCGUGGAACUAAUGGCAGAAUCUGCAAAGCUGCCUCUUAUCGUAAAUACUUGGCCCUUCACGGAUGCCACAUAUAAAGCUUGGUCUGUGAUCAUGGCAAAUGGAUCUGCCUUAGAUGCAGUAGAGCAAGGCUGCACAGUUUGUGAAGAAGAGCGCUGUGAUGGAACAGUUGGCUAUGGUGGAAGCCCAGAUGAAAAUGGAGAAACAACUUUAGAUGCAAUGAUUAUGGAUGGAAAAACUCACAGUGUUGGUGCUGUUGGAUGUCUCAGGCGGAUCAAAAGUGCAAUAUCAGUGGCUAGGAGUGUGAUGGAACACACAACACACACAAUUUUAAUUGGAGAAGAAGCCACACAGUUUGCAAUUAAAAUGGGGUUCAAAGAGGAGGAUUUGCAUUCUCAAGAGUCUAUAGCAAUGUACAAGAAAUGGAAACAAGAGAAUUGCCAACCAAAUUAUUGGAAAAAUGUCACUCCUGAUCCAAAAUCUAACUGUGGACCAUAUAAACCGCUAGAUAGGAGAUAUUUUAAUGAACAGGAGACACGAGUCAAAGUCGAUAAAAACAACCAUGACACAAUAGGUAUGAUCGCUAUCGAUUCAAAUGGCACUAUUGCAGCUGGUGCAUCAACAAAUGGCCUGAAAUUCAAAAUCCCUGGGCGUGUUGGUGACACUCCAAUCCCCGGAGCUGGAGCGUACGUCGACAAUGAAGUUGGUGCAGCAGCGGGCACCGGAGAUGGGGAUGUUUUAGUGCGGUUCUUGCCAAGUUUGCGAGCUGUUGAGAACAUGCGUAAUGGAAUGUCUCCAGAUGAGGCGGCAGCGGAUGCGCUCCGUAAGAUUGUUCAAUAUGUCCCGAAGUUUGAAGGUGCCCUGGUUGCUGCGACCAAAGAUGGCCAAUAUGGAGCUGCAAGUCAUGGAUGGGAUUUCUUCAAAUACUGCAUUAUCAACCCCACCUCCGGUAGGGUUGAAAUCAUUCCAGUUGCUCCAGUGGCAUUUCCAUAAACACUUUGUCAAAAAUAUUGAUUGCCGAGUUGACUUAAAUAUCUAUAUUGAAAAAUCCGAUAUUUUAAUUAAAUUCAAAAUCAUUCAAAAUCAUUUAGUAUCGUGUUUCCAAAAAGCAUACCAUGGCUAUCAAGAUAAUUACACUUUGCCAAAUGUAACUACGUGUCAAUGUUAUUUGAUUCCAUGUUAAGCCGUUUUUGUAAAUCGUCGUCAUGGCAGAUUUUAUGCUUAGGCAUCUUAUUUAACAACAAGUCCAAUUGAAAGAAUCGCUGGUAAGUUUUUUAGAUCAUUAAUUCUUUUUAGCGUUCGCAUAUGAUUCUUCUGAUCCUUAUUGUUUAGCCGAAAGUCAACGUAUCAACAACUUUGACAGACAAUAUUUCUACAGUUAGUUUUGUAAAGUGGUCACAAAGUGUCGAUUGAAGCUUUUUUAGCCUUUUCAAUAAUUAUAAUAGUUUGAAUAAUUCGAUGCAUACCUUUGGUGGAUCAAACUUGAUAAUAUUCAAAUACAGAAUCUGUAAAAUUUUAACUUGAAUAGAUUUAACUUGACUUAGAAAUGAUAGAAGGGAAAGUACACAAAAUCUUUGUUGAUAGAUUUAUUUUAAUUAGAUGGACCAUGGACAUCUAAGCUAGUGUAUAUUCUUAUUUUCAAAAUCAUUUUGGUUGUGAAUUUUUCGAUUAUAAAAAGUUUUAUUAAGAAUGAGCCAUUAUUCGGCAUGUAUUCUAUCGUUUAAUGCCUUGAAACAAACUGGAUGGUAAAACCUUCAAUGCUUCUGUUACAUGAAUGUAUUUGCUAGU